CCAAAACAACAUUUAAACGUCAAACACCGCACAAACAACAAAAGUUUCGCAAAAUCGUGCGGCUCCGUAAUUUUGCGUAAAAUUAGUGAAAAUCGUGUCGAAUAUUCGUAUUUUCCGGUCGUUUCGCUCCAGUGCCGUGAUUCGCCGCCCGCUAAAAUGGACAAAUCCUUCGGAACGCUGUUCGGUCCGUCGAAAAACAGCUCGGUUUCGCGUUCGCGCCAAUCCCUCGGCGGGUCGCUCUUUUCUACCGGCGGCGGCGGCGUCGGUCUUCGCAAGGGAGGCGGUCCUCCACUGGCCGGUUCCAUUGGUCGGAAAGGUUCCGGACGGUACAGUUUGUCCACACGGUCGAAUAUUUCCACCCUUCAGGUGGUGGCAAAGUCGGACUAUAAUAUCUUGGAAUGUUACGGGUUGCCGUUGCCGGUGCAGGUCAGUGAGAUCUUGACCUUUGCCGAACGGAGUGCGCCGGUGUCGAUCGGUUACGGCCAGAAUGGGUGGGCCUGGUUGGUGCACGGUCGCCGAUUGCUGAUCUGGCAGUACCGCGAGAGUCACUCGAAGGCGGCCAUGGCAACUGGCGGGGACUUUCCGACGCCGCGGCGUGCCCUGGCCAGCCAGUGCCGGCAGUUGACGCUGCCACACUGCGACAUUGGCCACAAAGCGACGCUCAUUUCGGUGUUUAUCGCCGAAGGGCACCAGAUGGCGUCGUGUCUGGCCGUUUCCCCGGCCGGCGAUGUGCGCUAUUGGCCGUCGAUUGCCCACGACGGGUCGAGCAUGGACGAGUGUAACAUUCUGGAGGGGCAGGAGUUCGAGGAGGUCGUUGGGCUGAGCAGCGGGAAUUAUCUGCUCGUGACGACGACCUGCAGUUUGGUGCAGCUGCAGAUUCCGGCGCAAGCAGGACGGCAGUCGAUCGUGGCGAGGUUGGUGAAACCACCGUCCGGAUUUUUUGGGGGAAUCGGAAAGAAGUUUGCUUCGAUCAUCAUCGGGAUGCACAGCAUCCAGGAGAGGGAGAAUAAACUGAUCAAAAUCGCUAGCGAGAAGGUGUCCGCGCACGAGUGGCACAUCACGGUCCUGGCGGACAAGUGGAUCCAGCGGUGGGCCUUCAGUCCGAGUGGUGCCGGCGGCGAACGCUUCCUGUGUGAGGACGCCGAAAUUAUGCGUAAAAUUCGGGACUUUUUCGUGCAGAAAUUGUGGGCUCGGGACGCCGGCGGUGAAAUCGAGCUGUGGCCGCUGGACAUGCGUUCGACGGACCGUGGCGUGGUCAUUCUGGCCGCGGCGAGUAAUUUGCAGAGGACGCCGCAGGUGUUUUACGCGCUGUUGACAUUCGUGUUCGAAGGGGACGGAAUGGUGUUGAAGGAGAGUACGAUGAUGAAGUACAAGGGAUUCUACAGCCGGGAACGGGAGGAGGAAACGACUGGAUUCCGGUUCGUGGCGAACCGUGUGGUAGCAUAUGUCUACAAUGAGAAAGUGAUUUAUCCCGUUAAUCUGGACCGGGGAGCGGCAAAUUCGGCAGCCAACAGCGAAAGUAGCAGUCCUUCGGAAGAGCUGGAAAAGAUCGAGUUCAACGUCCAAGAUGACGCUAUUUUAGCUGCAAAUUGUUUCCAGAACACUGCACUGUUCUUUUCCAAGAUUCACGGCCUCGUAGUCGUCACUCCCUCGGAUUUCGAACCGAACAGUGAAGUCUUCAACUCGUCCGUGUCUUCGGAUGUGUUCAAUCCGAACAUAUCGGUAAACGAUUCCGUGUUCAUCUCGCAGUCAAUCUUCGCUCCAGCAACGACCAACGCCGGUAACUUGGUUCUGUACGACCUCGAUCCAGAGGAGAUCAGCAGCGCCGACAAGGACCACGUCAGCCAACUCAAAGCCGCCUUCAUCUACCACAUCAAGCGAAACAUCCCCGCGUCCAACGAGAUCAUCAACGAAAUUCUCCAAUCUGCCGAGCAAAAGCCCCUGGACGGCACGGUUGACCAAAUCGUCCUCCAAAUCGCCCGCGACCUUGCCGAAGACAUUCCGGCCGCUGAUCCGCGUUGGGAAGUCACCCAAAAGCACGCCCUCGGAUCUUCAACGUCGAUGCAAAUCGUGCAGCAACUGCGGGAAAAGAACAUCGCCCUUACCCAGUUCAUCGACUUUUUGCACGCGUCGACCCUCUGGGACAAACUGGGCGCAUCCAGCGGCGGAGACGUUGUCCGCCCAACGGCCCACCUGCUCGGAGACAUUGCCGAAAAGAUCGUUGCUGCGAUCGCGCUCAAAUGUCUGCACGCCAGCCACGCUCGGAUCAUCGACGAAGCCAUCGACCUGGUCCUGCGGGAGGGCAAUCGUACGCCACCCUCGCCAAACCUCACCAACCAAGAUCUGUUCUACGUGCAGGUCAACCAAAUCCACGAAAUCUUCAAAGUGUUUGCCGACCUCGUCGAAAGCUACAUCCGCCAGGAGUUCACCACGACCCAGGUUCAAACGGCCCUGGUCGAGAUCAACACCAUCACGGUAACGGUGCUGCAGGAGGUCAGCAAGUUCCGCGAGGCAAAGGCAGACCUGUUUAACGUACGCGACGAACUGAACCGCCACGAGUGCGUCCCGUGGACGGCAUCGUCGGGAAAGUAUGGCAUGAAGGACGUUCUGCUGCACAUGAUCAACAGCACGCUCAAGUACGGCAUCAAGGGAAGUGGCGAGCCGGAGUUCAAAAUCAAACACUACAAGCAGAUGACCGAGCUGGUGGACUUUGUGCUGGACGGUCGCAAGCGGUAUCUGGACAGCGUCGGAGACGAGGCGAAGCGGGCGGUGCUGCUGCAGCAGUACGAGUCGCAACGGAGCGAUCUGAUCUUCCCGUUGGUGGACGCGGAGCAGUACGAGCUGGCGGCAAAGUUGGCUGAAAAGUACCUCGACUUCCAGAUCUUGGUGGUGAUCUGCGACAAAACCAACAGCCAAGCCCGGCUAGACGAGUACAUCGAGCGGUACAAGGAGCUGGACUUUUCGCAGUUCGCCAUCAGCUGGCACAUGCGUCAGAACAAGCAGGGCGACAUCUUCCAACGAUUCAAGGGCAAUCAGGUGGAGUUGGCGCGAUUCCUGUCGGAUCACCCGUCGCUGGCGUGGAUCCAACUCGUGUUCAACGGGGAGUUGGCCCAGGCGGCGGAAGUGUUGCUCGCGCUAGCCCAGAACGAGAAGGAACUGCUGAGCCGGAAGCGGGUCAUGCUUUCGCUGUCCAAGCUGUGCGCGCUGGCCGCGGAGGGUGACUUUGGCGCGCAAAUCGCAGAGAUCAACUCCGAGGCGAAGCUGCUCGAUCUGCAGGAGGAAAUACCCGUCGAUAUCCUCAACAUCUACGGUUACGACACCAAGAACGCCAAGGUUCUAUCCCCGGAAGAAAUCGUAGACCUCUACAUCGCCGACGAGUACAGCAAAUCGUCCGAGACCGAGUUUCGGAAGGCGCUCGAACUGCUGGACUUUGUCGAGGAACCGAUGGAGGUGCGACACAAGAUCUGGUGCGCGGCGAUCCUUCGCGACAGCUGGGACAACUACAAUCCGAACGCCCCGCUGGACACGAUGCAGGGCAUGAUGUUCUUCCGGUUGAUUGACCUGUGCUACAUUCUGGACGGUGAGCUCGAGAACUUCCUCCCAGCGGUGGAGAACUUUCUCGGCGCGUCCGAACUGGGCGACCUGGUCGAGAGCAAAUCGUUCCAGUAUCUGAUCAAGCUGGGCUACGAACACAUCUACGACUCGUACAAGAAAAAGUGAUCGGUCGUCGCGGUAAGUGUUCUUCAUAUUUUUACUGUUUCGAAAUAAAUUAAACAUUUAAUGU